AUGCAGUUUGAUCGUCAAACCUUAUCCAUUGCAAUGCGUUUCUUGAUGGCCAAAACUCCAGAGCAAAGGGCAGUUGUUGAUCUGGACACUCAUUACACACAACUUAGGAAUAUCUUGAACAACAUAUUGGAGUUAAAACAAGAAGACAAGUAUUAUAUCAGGGAUAUAUGGAAGGGAUAUCAGCUACUGGGAUGCAGUCAAAUCAUGGGUUUGAUGGCCAGGUCAAUGCCUGCUGCUUUUUUACUGGUCAAAAAGGAGUUGGGCUCAAAGGGUUGGCUAAAAGUUCUACUGCAACUGAAGAAGUCCCACCUUUGCUUGAAGAAAAUGGGAAAAAUUGAGGUGUGGAGGAUUAAUGGCAAUGCUAAAACCACGCAUCGAGAUAACAUUGUUGCUCAAUUGGCUACUACAAUGUUCAAUUCACUCAAGGGAAGACCAAUUCAGGGUUGUGUAUUUCAAGGGAAAGAGCCUCCACAGUUUGUCGCCAUUUUUCAGCCUAUGGUUGUGUUAAAGGGUGGAUUGAGCUCUGGAUACAAGAACUCCAUUGCAAAUAAAGAAUUGAAUGAUGAAACCUACACUUUAGAUCGUGUAGCCCUAAUUCAGAUAUCUGGCACUUCACCCCAUAAUAAUAAAGUCGUUCAAGUGGCAACCUCAUUGAAUACGUAUGAAUGCUUUCUUCUUCAGUCUGGUUCUUCAUUGUUCACCUGGCAUGGAAACCAGAGUAGUGUUGAACAGCACAGCAUAGCUGCAAAAAUCGCCGAAUUUUUGAAGACACGCAUGGGUGACUAUCUUAAAGAUGUGGCAUCCAGUCAUAUCCAAAAGAUUACAGAUACAACAGCUGAAUCAGGACUUAAAGUUGCACUCUAUCCUCGAGAAACAAGUUAG